AUGGCCGCCGCUUUGGCAACUGACGACUACGAUGCUAAACAGCGUUGUUUAAAACUUGAAGAAAUUCUUCAAGACCCCCGAUUUCCAUCCCCAAGAUUCUUGUCUCGUCGGGACAACAUUCCGCACAGGUCCUACCCUGUUGUUGCAAUCGAUCCACUUCAGGGCGUCUGGAAGCUUGUCGAUCGCACUGUCAUCGGUCAGGCUGUAGACAAGACUUUUGGAAAGAAGGCCGAAUCCAUGUUUAGGUCUGGCAUUAACAGUGCCUCUUCUAUCCCGUGGGUUCAAAUUAGCGGGGAGCAAACUAUUGACCAAAUGAGGGACUUGCUUCAAACUAAUCUCAACUUCCCUAUCAUUCUCAAGCGGAGGCUUGCUUGCGGCUCACAAGCGAGUCACGAGAUGGUUAUAGCCGACGACAUAGAAUCUGCCAUUAGUGCGAUUCACGAUGUCUUCCGCCCUGGCCCGGUGGGUGUAGAGAACGGCAAACCCGUGGGCAAUCGAUUCCUCAAGGGCUUAGCGCGGCCUGCAAAUCAUUUUGGAUUUGAUGUCAUCGCUCAGGAAUUCAUUGCAGACCACGGCGGCAUUCUCUUCAAGAUCUACGCUGUUGGGAAGCGGCUUGUGGUGCAACCGCGCCCUGGAGUGGUGCGCAAUCUAAAGGGACCAUCCGGCAGCUACUACUAUUUUGAUUCACAACAGCUUGGACGUGUCACCGGCUUGGGGAGACAUGAGUUUGAUGCAAACACCGGUCGAUGCAUAGGCACGAAAGCUAUCAUGCCGAGUGAGAAAUUGGCGGGCGAAAUAGUGGCUGCAUUGUCGAAGGAGUUGGGGCUAAGUCUCAUCGGGGUGGACUUGGUAUAUGAUGUGGGGCAAAAAAAAUAUUAUGUGGUGGAUAUUAACUACUUUCCCGGAUACAAGGGCAUUGCUUGUGCAAACAGAUGGAUUCUACAGCACAUUUGUGAUUUGGUCUGGAAGACAUUGCAUGCUGUGGAGGAGGGUAAAUAA